AUGUUUGGAACUACGAUCCCCGAUUCUGAGCUAGCCCUUCUAGCUUCAAUAGAGCACCAUCUUCUCAAUGACACCGAUUUCUCAGACAUUUUUCCAGAAUUGUAUUCUUUUAAUGAUGCAGAGGUUUUCAACUCUAGCCCGAGUUAUGGCAGCUCCCGAGAUUCGGGAGAAGUAGCCUUAAAUAAUUGCGAAAUGAAUAAUGCAUCAGAAGAUAUCCCGUUCAAGUUUGGACUGUUGGGUCAAGAGGAGGUGGAACAGAAUAUCACGGCAGCAGAAGUUGUGGCACCUGCGGAAAAUGUGUCCAAGGACUGGAGACGAUACCGGGGCGUCAGGAGGCGGCCGUGGGGGACGUAUGCAGCUGAAAUAAGAGAUCCCAAGAAGAAAGGGUCAAGAAUUUGGCUUGGGACGUAUGAAACACCUGAAGAUGCAGCGUUGGCUUUUGACCAAGCUGCUUUCAAAAUGCGUGGUGCACGAGCUAGGGUUAAUUUUCCACACCUAAUCGGCUCUAAUAAUGUGGAGCCGGCGAGAGUGAAUCCAAGAAGGCGUGUUCUAGAGCCUUCGUUUCCAUCAUCGUCAACAGCUCAAAUGAAGUGCAAAUUUCAACGCCAUUGA